AUGAAGUACUCUUUGGCUCUCAUUUCCGCUCUUGCCACCGUCUCUCUCGCGGGACCCGUUGAGACUGAACAGAGCAAGAAGCCUUUUAUCGAUCCCCUCUACAAUGCAUUUGGCUCCAAAUGCUUGGCCGAAAACGCCGAGUUCCCAAGAGACUCGGAAGCCUGCCUAGGCACCCGGGACUACUGCGGCUGGAAGAAGGAGCAUUUUGACAGUCCCAAGUCUUGCAUGGACUCGCGGCAACCACCUCCGUUCAAAGAGCCGGCCUUGGAGGAGAACCAGGCCAACCUUUGCGAGGGCAACCCGACAUUCAAAGGGAACGCAUGGCGGGCAACGAAGGAGCCGUGUCUCGGCACAGUGGCGUAUUGCAAUAAGAAGGCUUAUGAGGGCACAGGCGAGGCUUACGAUAAUCCUGAUGAUUGCAUCACAUUGAGAGUGAAAACACUCACUAAGAAUGUGUCUUUAUUCCAACCACUCCUUGACGAGAUCCGUAAAAUCUCCAACGCAAAGGUGCAACAAGGGCUUAUUGAUGCUAUAGCCAAAUGCAAAACGUUCAGCAGUGGGACGAUGGAGCGGCCAACGGAAGAGAUCGAAUGCCCCAAGGUCUAUUAUUGA